UGUCCCUGACUGUGGCCCCUUUGUAGCCCAUCAUGCAGGGUUACCCAGGUCAGAUCCACGCCAACAUCGGCCCCGUCAGGACCAACGUGACCUUUGACCACCGGGACUGCGGCGUCACGCUGCUGAAGAACGACCAUGUAUUGAUCAACCUGCUGGUGGACACGCACAGCAAGAAGAGGAGAGCGGCCAACAUCAAACCUAAAAUCCCCUUCACCUUCAGCUACACCAAAGAGAAGAGAGAGCUGGGCAUCAUCACCUGUCUGGGAGCUGAAGAAGGAAUCGUUAACACCGACGAGCACGGUGAGCUUCCUUUCGACAUCUGUGAGAACUUCAGCGACACCGAGUUCAACACCACCGACAUCCACCAGGAGGUGGAGUUCACGGUGGCCAUGGUGAAAUCUAAAAAGAGAGCCAUCAGGCUACUGAGGACGAAGAGGGUCGAAGACAAAAUCCUGAAGGAGCAGAAAAAACGAGAGGAAGAGGACAGGAGGAGAAAACAGGAGGAGGAGAGGAAGAAGAGGCAGGAGGAGGAGGAGCGAAGGAGAGAGGUGGAGAGGAGGAAGAAGGAUGAGGUGGCGGCAGCGCUGUCAGCGGCCAAAUGCAAGUGGACGCCGCUCGGCUUCAAGAUGAGAGACCCCGACACGCUGGACGACAUCAGCAAGGAGCGAUUCGAAGGCACCGUCCUCAAAGCCAUUUCCAAAAACAUAAAGAAGAUCAAGAAGGAGCCGAAGGAGGAGCAACGAGGAGGAGGUGCUGAGGGAGGACAAACUCUCCUCAGACUGGUGAAAAUUAAAGUGGAGAAAAUGGACGAGGACGAGGAGAAGGAAGGAAAACCUGAAGGAGCAGGAGGAGAGGAGGGAAAAAGAUUAGAGAUUAAAAAGGAGGAUGAGGAGGAGGUGAAGAAGAAGAAGAAUGAGUCGGCUGAUGCUGUGGGCGAAGCCGCUGCAGGGGGCGGAGCCAAACAGGACCCAGAGAUGGGUCGACUGGUGAUGACCAUCGACGGUCAACAGAAGCAGCUUCCCUUCGGCCCCAAUGACCUGCUGACCACGGCCACCAUGUUGGAUGGAGACAAGGUACGUUUCAACAUCGCCACCCAUCAGGAGACCAAAGAGGAGCGAGCGACCUACGUGGAAAUUCUUCCCGACUCCUUUGAAGAGUCCACCGAACAACGUCGACACGGAAUCGUGAUCGAGUUCAUGGACGACUCGGGGCUCAUCAAGUGCUCUCAGAACCCUCAACUCUACUUCCACAUGUCCGAGGUGAUAGAGAAGAAGAGACUGGAGCUUAACGAGAAGGUGGAGUUCAGCGUCGUCCCGCAUGAAACGGCGGAGGGGGGACAUCAGGCCAUCAGGAUAAAACGUCACACCGAGAGUGUUUUUCUCCCUGCUCGGAAACUGGGCGGAGUCGGUGCAAACAAAGGAAAGAUGACCAUCAAGCUGACAAAAGCUUCAGAAGACACUGAGAAAACAAAACCAGAGACAGAAAAGCUGAAAGCGGUGGUGAAAAAUCUUAGAUCGCAGGACAACAAGACCAGUAUCGGCAGAAGGGACUACAAUGCCAGUCGAAAUAGAUAUGGACAUGGCAGGAGCAGGAGUCGGAGCAGGAGUCGGAGCAGGAGUCGGAGCAGGAGUCGGAGCAGGAGUCAAAGUAGGGUUAGGGCCAGGAGUAGGAGUAAAAGUAGGAGUCCACCCAGAGACCAGUUUGGACGUAUCAUUAAAAGCAGAUGCAGCACCAGUGUUGACCGCGAUCAUAAAAGCAGCAGGUACAGGCGAAGCCGAAGCCGAGAGAGGUCAAAGAGGUGCACCGGUAGCCCUGGUAAGAGCCGCAGCAGAAGUCGCAGCCGAAGCAGGAGCUCCAGCAGGAGCCACAGCAGGAGCAGGGAAAGAAGCAAGGACAGGGCCAGCAAGAAGAGGAGCAAAAUUAGCAGAGAGCGUGAAGAAAGUCACAAGAAGAGGAGGGAGUUGAGCCCUCCUCUCAGACGUGUCGGAGUUAUGGAUGAUGAGCUGGCGAGAAAGAAGCGGGAACUGGAGGAGCUGAACGAGAUGAUUGCCUACAAAAAGUCGCUGGUGGACAUAGAGCCUGGACAGAGGACCUGUAUAGACUACGACCAUGGCAGGAUCGCUGUUCCACUGACUGAGUACAAACCAGUUCGAUCUAUCUUAAAGAAACGACCAGAGGGUCACCCCCCGUAUGAUGAUCCUUAUUAUGACCGGCCAUACAGUCCUUACCAAGAACGACGGUACGGUGACCACUACGGUGAUCCAUACCCCAGCAGCCGUCCUUACAGUGAUCACCCCUAUGGAGACCGCCCCUACGGUGACCGCCCUUAUGAAAAUCGUCUCUAUGGUGAGGUUACCUAUAGCGGCCCUCCGUCUGCCAGCCAACGUUACACUGAUCGCUACGAUGUUUAUGAUGAACCCUAUGACGACCGCUAUUAUGACCCGGCAUAUACAGACCGACCGUACGAUGAUCCGUAUCGGCCUGUCAAACGGAGCCAGUCUCCAGAACCCCAUGGUUCCUCACCACCUUCUCAGUCCGGCCAAGUUCCUGCUGCCUCCACCCAACCUCCCUUAACACAUACUGUUGCCACUUCAUCUUCCCAACCCCCUUUCAGACCUCCUUCUCCCACAGAACCGCCUCCUAGAAGUCCCUCUCCCAAACGGAAGAACACAACACCGUGCCAAUCACCUCCAGCUGAGAAACCACCCCUUGAUCGCUUCCUUGACAUGCUUAACAAAAAGGUGGAUGCUGAAAAAAGAUCAGAACAGGUUUACGUGAAUGAUGACCUUCUGCCUCAUGAGCGGGCACUUCAAGAUGGCAAAGGUUUCUCUAGGAUUGUGGGAUUGGCUCAAGAGCAGCCAAGCACUAGUCUAGCACUAGAAGGGGGAAAAAAACAACUGAGCCCUAAACGGUCCUCAGUAGAGAGAACAAGUGAGGAACUAAAUAUUAAGACAGAACCCUAUGACAAGAUCCAGAGUCUACUCCGUACGAUUGGCCUGAAACUGAGUACAGGAGAUGUGUCCAAACUGGCAAGCAGAGCCCAAGAGAAAAUCUAUAGCCCAAAGUCCUCAUCCACAGAAAGAGAGACUUUGUCAUCCCCAAGGGAAGAACGGCGACCAAGUAGAACUAGUUCAAUUGAAUCAGAUCACAUCCAUUCCAACUCCCCUGUCAGGUCCUCCAGUUUGGAGCCACUUAGCAGACAUAAAGCUGUCUCUGAGUAUGACGGAUUCCUGGACCAGCAAGAGUUGGAGGCACUGAAGAAGGCACAACAGCUGCAGAGUCUUACCAAGACAAUGGGGAGCAUACCCUCCACCACUCCUCCUGCACAACCUCCUCCUGGGCCUCCACCUGCUCACUACCAACAGCCAAGCCCACCAAUCAGUUGGCCUGUUGGAAUGACUACUCAGAUUCCCCAAGCCCAGAGCUCCACAACCCUCAGCAUGGCCACCCCAGCUCCUCCUGCAGCUGGUCUACCACCCCAGAAAAUUGGACCUACUGCAGGAACUCCCCCUGGUCCUCCCCCUGGACCUCCUCCACGGCGUCAUGGACUGCCUCCUCCAGGGCCUCCUCCUGGUCCUCCACCUCGCCGCCCGUCCGGACAACAUCCUCCAGGUCCUCUACCUGGACCUCCAUCCCAACACCCUCUUGGACAGCCUCUUUUCUCUCCACCCUCCAGUCAUACAGGCCUUCCUUUUAUUGGCCAGCUUCCUGCAACUCCACCCCUUAACUCAUUCAAUCCUUUGACCACUGCCGAAGUGACACCACCGUCAUCAACACUAGCAACAUCGAGUCCUACAAAUGAUGACCAGACAACCAUCUCUACAACAGUGGCCAGAUGCCUGAAGGUCAUUGAGACAGUGAAAUCUCUAGCUGUACAGCCACAAGCCAAACUAGUCAAAACAGUCCAGUUUAGUUUACCCACAGAGUCUCCAUCAGCCUCGAGUCCUCAGACCUCUGCAGAGACAGAUGAUGACAUAAAGAGCAAGCAGAAAGAGAAGCUGGAUUUGUAUAACCAGAGGGUUUUGGAAAAGAGGGAGCAGCAGUACAAGGAGAUGCUAGCCCGCAAGAAAGCAGAGAAGAACAGGGAUGGCACACUGAUCUCCCCAGGCAAGCCGACGAGCAGCGAGCCCAAGAACGUUUGGAUUUGUGGUCAUUCGCUGGUGUACUGGGCGGAGUCACGGGCCAAGUCUCCAGAGGUAGGUAUGCAGCUGGGCAUGGACCCCAGCAAGGUGGCCAUCUGGUGGAAAGGCACCCAGGGCAUGACAUGGCCCCAGCUCCUGCCCCAGCUCCACCAGCUGAAGGUCACCUGGCCCAACCCGGACGUCCUCAUCAUGCACCUGGGUGGCAACGACCUGAGUACCGACAGCCCCACCGACCUGCUGGCCUCCGUCAAAAAGGACCUGACCUCCAUGAGGAGCAUCUUUCCGCAGUGCGUCCUCGUGUGGUCCAACAUCCUCCCACGGAGGGCGUGGCGCCACUCCGCCGACAGCCACGAAGUCGAUCUGGUCCGAACCACGGUGAAUCGCAGGAUCCAGAACAUCAUCUCAGAGCUGGGCGGCACCUCACUGACCCACGAUAAUAUCAGGUGUGGCACAAACACGGGUCUGUAUCGGGCCGACGGCGUCCAUCUGUCCCCCAAAGGCAUUGACGUUUUCAAUCUGAACCUGCAGGACUUUCUGGAGAAGUGGGAGAUGGCCUCAGAGAAAAGCUAAGAGCUAAAUCACUUCUUCUGUUUUUAUGUUCUCUUUUAUUUCUGAUGAUAGCUAGGCAGUGCAACGUACAACUCCUUUGAUAAAGUAUUCAGUUUGUAGUAUCAGCUUAUCGUGUAGGAGCAGCAAAUAUUGUCUGUCUGUCCUGAAACAAUAAAUUCAAUAUAAACUGA